CGAUAAUUCGAGAUCAUUCGAAUCAACGUGGUGUUGGGAUUUAGCAACAAAGCUUCGUUGCUACGUCUAGCGAUACCAAACGUGCGGCUUUUUUCUCGCAAAGUGAAUUGUGAUAUCACACGAAUAUCGAGGAACAAUGACGAAGACCGAGGAUCAAUUCGAUGGAAUGUUGCUGGCACUGGCACAGCAACACGAAGGUGGUGUGCAGGACUUGCUGGACACUAUCUUCAGUUUCUUGGCGAGAAAAACAGAUUUUUAUACCGGUGGUGGCGAAGGGGCAGCUGAAAAGCUUGUCAUGAGCAAAUUCAAGAAACAUGAAGCUGGCGCUCUCGCCAAGGCUGCCUCUGAGAAAGCAGAAAGAGCUGAGCAAGAGCGAAGGCGUAAGGAAAGACUCGAGAAAAAGAGAAAGGAGGAACAACCAGAGGAGGAAAAAAUAGAUAACGAUUCUAGAAUAGUUGAAUUAACCGACGAACAAGCCGUCAAAUUACAAAAAGAACUAGACAACAAGAAGUUAGCAAAUGAUCCUGUCGCGGGAUCUAGCAAUGAUAGUGAUAACAACGCUAAGAAAGAUGAACCUGAAAGUACUGAUUCUAAGAAUGACAACGCAUCGGAUGAGGAAGAAGAUGAAAAGGAGAAAAACAAACUGAAGCCUAACAGUGGUAAUGGUGCAGAUAUGCCGAAUUACAGAUGGACCCAAACUCUUGGAGAAGUGGAGAUCAGAGUGCCGCUAAAGGUGAACUUUUCGGUCAGACCAAAAGACGUGAUCGUGUCGAUCGCAAAGAAACACCUGAGCUGCGGACUGAAAGGCCAUCCGUCAAUUCUUGCUGGGGACUUUCCGCAUGAGGUCAAACUCGAGGAGUCUACUUGGGUAAUAGAGGACGGAAAACUAUUGCUAAUUAAUCUGGAAAAGGUGAAUAAGAUGCAAUGGUGGGCACAUGUUAUAACGAGCGAGCCAGAAAUUAGCACGAAGAAAGUAAACCCCGAACCUAGUAAACUUUCUGAUCUUGAUGGAGAGACAAGAGGCCUCGUUGAGAAGAUGAUGUACGAUCAAAGACAGAAGGAACUAGGACUUCCAACGUCCGAGGAACAAAAAAAGCAAGACGUCAUUAAAAAGUUCAUGGAACAACAUCCUGAAAUGGACUUCUCAAAGUGUAAAUUUAAUUAAAUAUAAAUUGGUACCGUUGAAAUACUUGCUUUUUAUUAUCAUAAUAUACGAGCUUCUACGCUCGACGUUCUCAUAUCGUUGAAGAGGAAGGUCCAGUGCGAUUGUAAAGAUGGCAGCACCAUAUGAAGAUUAUAAUGCCAUGCACAAUGUUUAAUUUUUGUAUUGCGCUUCUCUUAUUUGUCAUUCAAUUAAAAGUAAAUAAAUUAGAAUUAUAAUAAUAAUAAUGAAGA